UUAAUAAUAAAAAUGGAAUUAGCGGUGGGCAGUAACAAUACACAAAUAGAUAAGCAUCAUCUUGUAAUGGAAAAGGAUCAGAGAGUUCGUUAUAAAUUUUGUACGACAGAUUAUGAGGUUGACAAUACAUUACCAGAUUCACAAAAUUCAAGUAUUCAAUCACGUUCACCUCGAUGCGAGGCUUUUGUAAUGACUGGAGAUAAGAUGCUUAAUUUAAAUCCAAAAAUUUCUCCAAGUUAUGCUAAGAUGUGUCAUGAUCAGCUUCCACCUGCUGUUCAUGUUGAACCUGAAAAAAAGCUCAAAAAUGAAAAUCAUUUUGAUCAUUUCCCUUCAAUGCACAAAAACAGCCAUGGACGUAUACGUAGUGCUAUAAUGCUUGGGACUUCAGAAGAGAAUAGUCAAAUUGAUUUUUCAACAAAACCUGAAUCACAAUCUGAGAAAGACGAGGAAAAAGUUUCUGAAAUAUUAAAAGAAGUUCAGGAUAAUACUUCAAAUAAUAAAAAUUUUGAGUCAGAGAGUUCGUGUAUUAAUGUUAUUCCUGCCGAUCCUUCAAAUAUACCACAAUUUCAAAAUUCAGCGAAUAAUUUUCUUGGGAAUGAUUUUUCUAUUAAUCUUCCACAACAACAAAAUAAUUUAACAUUUAAUGCUCCUUUAAUUAGCAGUUCGACAAUUUCCAGGUAUUUUGUCUAA